CCUUCACAUACAGAACGACGUCGUGAUGUGGGGGGGGGGUCAAGGAGUGAUCGACAGCGGAGAAGACCCGCCCCUAGCCUGCAUCUGAUUGGGGUAUUCUGUUUUCUCUUAACUCCAACCAAUAAGUUCUUUCUAUCUGAAACCUCUCCACCCUCAGUCGCAGAAUAGGGCGGGGCAUAGACGUGCAUACGUAGAUGCCGCAUUCAGAAUAAGUCAACGUAUCCGCCAUUUUGGGAAGGGCACGGACUGGGAAGAACGAUGCCUAACUCUUGUUCUGCUUGUGGCUGCACUAAUCGCUGCAAUAUUCAAGCAAGAUCCCAGGGAAUUACUUUUCACAAGUUUCCCAAGGAUGAUGUGUUGAGGAAGCUUUGGGAAGUAGCCCUCAGAAGGGAAGGUUUCAAUGCAAGUCAGUCAUCCAGACUCUGCAGUGAACACUUCAGACAGGAGGACUUUGACAGGACAGGUCAAACUGUCAGGAUCAGAGAAGGAGCUGUUCCAUCUGUCUUUCCAAAUUUCCCAGCUCAUCUCCAAAGGCCAGUGGAAACCAGGACGACACUGACCUCAAAGAAGGCUCAGGAGAGCACAUCCAUUAACUCCUCAAAACCAGAGACGGAGCCUCUGUCUGUGCCUUAUGUGCCCAAUGUUGACCACUUCUACGCACUGCCUACAUCUGCCUCUGAUCUGACAGCCAGACUCAAUCAAGCCUUGACUCGGAUAGAGAGUCUGGAAAGAGAGACGAGGAAUGCAAAGGAUCGGGAGCGGAGAGCAAAGAACACGUUGCAUGGUCUCGUGGAGUAUCUGAGGCAGAAGAACCUCUUAAAUGAGGAGCUAAAAGACUGGCUGGAUUUAUACUCGGGUAAAGUGAAAAGAAAAAAGACAUGAGACAGUCGGGCUAACGUGGGUGUUAUGUAAUGUUAACAGGGUUCCAAUCCAUUAAUACAGGUCAGACGACACUAUCUUCUGGUCUGGAGCGAUAGACACGGCAUGUCAUGUUAGGUGAUUACAGAGCCAAAUAUUUGUGCUGUAACAGCUGAGAGGAGGAGGGGUUAAACCAGGGGUGUCAAACAUACGGCCCGGGGG